GGCGGGCACAUUAUUUGACAUUUUCCGGCAAAAAAACAAAAACAUUACCCCAAAGACAAAAACAUAAAUUUUCUGAUACAUUAAAAUACUUUAAAAAAAUGGAUAGAAACCCCGUGGAAUGUGAUUUAAUAUCAAAAAUAAGUAUUGUCAAAGACGAAUAUAAUAUAGAUGAAAUGAAUUUCUUUAACUCCACAGAAGACACAGAGAAAUCCCCGGACGCCCCCCAAGAAUUGGUCCAAUUCGUGAUAACAGAAUUUAGAGAGAGGGAGCAUAAAUGCUCAAUAUGCGACAUGGCAUUUUAUGAAGCUUCCCAUCUUCGAGUUCACAUGGUGAAGCACAAGAAAGUACAAACUUUUCACUGUCGACAGUGCUUCAAAUCCUUCACUCAGAAGGAUAAACUCAGAGCCCAUGUGAAAAGUCAUCAGCAAAAGCCCACAUCGAAUAAUCACAAAACAUCAGAAAAGAAGAUCACAAAGCCCAACGUAACAAAAAAGAAAUCUCAUUCUGUUCGACUUAGCGAAGACAAGACAUUUAAGAUUUCAGGAAGCAACAAGGAUAGAAAGUUUAAAUGCACUUUCUGUGAUCUUAGAUUUUGGGAAGAAUGUGAACUUGAAGAUCACAUUGAACUCUUGCAUAUUUGGAUGCAUGAUAGCGAGAGCGACAGACCCCUAGAUUGGCCGUUAAUUUGUGGAUUUUGCGGAAAAAAGUUCAAAACAAAAUAUUUAACUAUUCAGCAUACAAAGAUCGUUCAUGAUGAAUCCAGGGAUAUAAAGUGUCAUAAUUGCCAACAAGCCUACAAUAAUUCAAUUAAUGUUUAUCGACACGUAAGAGAAUGCAAUAGUCAACAUAUUUCAUAAAUUGAAUUAGAGCCAGAAGGAGUUAGUACUCAGCACCCACCAUAACAUGAAAUAGUCAUACGGCAUCAUCACAAAAUGUAAUUCAAAGUGAAAUAAAAAAUAUUUAGUAUAUGAAACACUUUCUUGUCUGUCUAUUGUAUUAUCUCAAAUUAUUCAAGAAAUAAUUGGAAUUAGCUUGAAAUUCAUAAAUAAAA